AUGGACUCUGACUCUGGUGAUGAGCGAGAAGAACAUUCCCCAGCCACCGCCGCUGCUCCCACUCCUCGCGGGCCCACUCGGGCACAGCUCGAGCGGUCUAAAAUACUAGAUGCUCUGGAGGACGCGAAUGUCCAAGUACCGGCCGGCGUGCUGCCGGUCACGAGAAAUCUCACACCAGCCCAGAAGCUCCGCAAGAAGGAGUUGCGUGAUGAGCUGCAUAGACUGAAGUUCUUGGAGGACGAAUAUCGUGAGGAGUUGAAUCGCAAGAAAGACGAAUGGACUUCCUCAAGAAAGGAGUUAGUGGACCAACUUGUGGCUCUCGAUGAGUCGUAUAAGACCAAUAUCGAGCUGGACGAGAAGAGAUUGGCUGAUGUUGACUCCGAGAUCAAGGAUGUCGUUAUGGAGCUCAAGAACCUGAUUAUCGAUGCCCUCGAGGAUGCUGGUAUAGUUAUCCCAGAGGGGGUUCUACCCCCCACAAGGGACCUUACUGAAGGACAGAAGUUAAGAAAGAAGGAGUUGAGGGAAGAGAUAACCAGACUCAAAGAACUUGAGCGAGAACAUAACGAAGCUCUUCAAGUCAAGACAGAACAAUGGGACACUGCUCGGAGAGCUUUAGUAGCUACUCUGGAACGCCAUGACUCCGAACGCCAAGAGUCGUUUGCCCCUGAUUACAAGUUAUCCAAAGAGUUGGACGAGAAGAUUAAGUCCGCGGUCUCGGAAAUUAAGGGUCUCGUGUAA